AUGUAUGUCGGGCUCCCUGGAUUCCACGAGGCAUAUUUCGGAGGUGUGGUCGGUCUUGAUACAGCGUCUCAGGCAAUAUUCCAGAAGUGCGAGGAAGGCAGUUGCCCUCUCUUUCGCAAGGGGUGGACAGGAUGGCCGAACGAUGCAAACCAAGACGGCGUGCUUAGCUGGUUCGCGGAUAUCAGCCAAAAUCUGGCGGCUUUCGCAGAGUCAUUUAGGCCUACUCUGGACCAUCGAAGACCGCUGGCACAGCCCAACAAGCCGAUCCGAGGUUCUACCGCAGAACGCAAGCUGGACAUCGGGUUCGUGAACGAUCCCCAGGCAAGAAGCGACUCUCGAUGCCGCUGGUCACAGAUACUCGUCCCCGGAGAGUUGAAGAGCAACCCAUCCGCCGACAUCGCCUCCAAAGCAUGGCUCGACUUGGGGAGGUAUGCGAGGGAAGUUCUUACUGCUCAAGAUACGCGUCGCUUCGUCUUGGGCUUUACCAUUUGCGGGUCGCUCAUGAGGAUAUGGAUGUUUGACCGGCUGGGGGGGAUCGCAUCCGAACAGUUCGACAUUAACCACGAUGGACUGCAAUUCGUAUCAACGGUCCUUGGGUUCCUCUGGAUGGACGAGGAAGAGCUUGGCUUCGACCCUUCGAUCACUGCAGAAGAUGGCAAACGGGUCAUCAAGAUCACACGAAACGGCAAGGCAGAGCGACUUGUUAUUGACAAGUUGAUGAAACGCGCGCCCUGCAUCGCCGGCCGGGCAACGACAUGCUGCAAAGCUCAUCGCGAAGAAGACCCACAAACCAAAUUCGUGGUCAAGGAUUCAUGGCAAUACCCGGAGCGUGACGAAGAAGGCGAGUUGCUCAAGGAGGCAGCUAGCAAGGGUGUAGUUAACGUCGCUCGGCACUACCACCAUGAGAAUGUGAUUGUUCGGGGUGAAGUUGACGACAUCCGAGGUAAUGUUCGAAGGGGACUGAACGUUACAGAGGCGAGGAACUAUCGGCCGGAACGUUCGGUCAUUUCCUGGAGCACAAGUACGACAGGACCUCCACGAACAGGUCGGAGCAGCACCGUGAGCGUGAAGCGGUCAUCGAGCCAGACCGGCGCCCCCGUGCCGCCUGGUAAACGGUCUUGCUCGGCAUCACCAACAAAGGCAGGCAACGAUGUCAUCCCCAAUCGGAUACACAGGCGCGUCAUCCUGCGCGACUACGGAACAGCCAUCUACAAGGCAAGCUCCCGAUCGGUUUUGCUUGCUGCGCUGGAGGGCUGCGUUGAGGGGCACGAGUCCUUGCACAAGGCAGGCUUGCUCCACAGAGACAUCUCGAUCAGCAAUCUCAUGGUUAAUGAGGACAAUACCAACUCCUCUUGGCCAUUUUUUUGAUCGACCUAGAUCUGGCCAUCAAAGAGCAUCGUGACGGUGCGUCGGGAGCAAGAGGGAAAACGGGCACAAGAGCGUUCAUGGCGAUCGGCGCGCUUCUAGGCGAGCAACAUUCGUUCAUGCACGAUCUCGAGUCGUUCUUUUGGGUCUUGUUUUGGAUAUGCAUCCAUUAUAACGGACCGGAUGAGAGCAGAGUCGUCCCGAGAUUUGACAAGUGGAACUACGUCGACCCAGAAGAGCUGGCCGGAAUGAAGCUGGGCGUUGUGGCAAAGGAGGCAAUAUUCUUGAAGACAAUCACUGAUAAUGUCACGCAGUACUACGAGCCACUCGUCCCACUUUUAAACGGGUUGCGAACGACUGUCUUCCCUGGAGACAAGCCGUGGGAACAGGAGGACGAAAGGCUCUACUCUCAGAUACGACAAAGGUUCCGGGAACAGCGGCACGACUUGGAGUGAAGACUAAUUGGAAAGAUAUUACAACUCG